GAGGUCGAGGUGCGGCUGGCUGCAUUCUUGUCUUGGUUGAGAUCACGGAAGCUCGCCGGUCGAGUAGUUUCCGAAACCCUAGUCGUCACAUACAAAAUUAUCGAUACUGAAAACAAAUUAGCCCGUUGUUCAAAAAUUUGUACCAAAGUAAGGUGCUUUGGAAACGGACAAUUUUGAUAUUAAAAAGGGCAGCACACUAGCUCAUCCAAACGGUUGGAAACAAAAGUCAGGAAACAAGGCAGAUAUUUCUAUUUUUCCAUCGAGAGGCAAAUAAGAAGUGUUGUCUUAAUUGACACGAUUGCUGGACCGAAGAAAUGAAGACUUUAAGAUUUUUGUUCUGGGCAUUAGUUCUCCUUGUACUGCAAGAGUUCACCGUCUCUGAAGAAGCUGACAAACCUGAGGAAAAAGAGAAUGCAGCUGAUGAGCCCUCAACCGAAGACUGCAGUUGUGACGCGGUCAUUUGUGAGGUAGUCAGCGAGGAUAAAUGUCCGCAUGGCCUGGUCAACGAUACGAGAGAUCCGUGCCGGUGUUGCAAGCGCUGCGGUAACGGCGAAUACCAGUUCUGUGAUCCGGAAGAGUUGUCCGCCAAGGAACUGGCUGAAAAGGAGCACAACUUUGGUCUGUGCGGGAAAGGGUUAACAUGCCGGGCCAACUACGGGGUACCGGUUGGGGCCAAACCUGAAAUGAUCUGCUACUGUCAAAAUGAGCAGAUGGUAUGUGGGUCUGACGGGGAGACGUAUGAGACGGAGUGUAGGAUGAACAAGGUUGCUUUUGAGACGGGACAAACUAUCGGGAGAAAGAAACCGGGAAUGUGUGAAGGAGCUCCGAAGGUGGUAACACCACCUAAUAGCGUCACCAAUUCUACCGUGGGCAACGUGUAUCUCCAGUGCGAGGUGAAAGGGAACCCCGUGCCCAGGAUCGAGUGGCGUAAGAUCGGACCUGACGGCCCCGCUGACUUUAUACCUAGCGGAGACAGUGGUAACAAUCGGGUGGCCAUUCAGACUAGGGGUGGCCCUGAAGAGUACGAGGUUACAGGUUGGCUGCAGAUUAUGAGGCUCGAGGUGGAAGAUGCAGGCGAGUACGAGUGUGUCGGUAUCAACGAUAAUGGCGAGGACAGCGGAAGAGCCAACAUUAUAGUCGUCGAGAAAGCUAAGCCAAUCCCUGGAGCAGCCAAAUAAUUACCAAAGGCAUGUCCAUAAUUAGGUCGUCCUACACACAAAUUACUUUGGUAUCAACUCUCAUUUCGUUUCAUUGCAGGUUGAACUAUCGUGUUGUUAAAUGUAACUGGAGAUUUUAAGAAGCUCAAAAUACAUGUAUGGGCAUUACCUUGUCCACCAUGACGGGCAACUUUAUGUUUGGAAUUAAUUGCAGAAAAAGGCCAAGAUGAAAGGUUACACAAACUGGCUGAUAACGCAAGCACGUCAAAAGAGGGCGCCCGUUAAAGUCGCACACUUAAUUACAACAGGCUUUUUUUUUAAAUGGUGCUAUUAAAAAUUGUUGAGAAGUGAGUAUUCCAUAUUUAGAAGUUACAUUUUCUUACUUAGAUACACGGACUGGAAUCCAUUUGUAAUUAAAUAUGUACAUGUAAUCUGUAGUGGAUGGAAUUACUGAAUCUUUGUACCAAUGAAAAAUUGCAUUUCUCGAGGAGCCAGAGGGAUUUGUGUGUUAAACGGAAAAGUCCCGGUAUUCUUGGAUUAUAAUGGAAGUGUCAAAAUAAUUUGAUAACGUUGUUUGACAUAAACCUGUACUUGGGUCUGUACACUGACUACCACAUUUCUGCCAUAAUUUGACCCGUCAGAUAUAUGUAAUCCCACUUUCCCCAGCUGGAGGCAUUCUGUAAAAGUGUGCUAUUCGUAAUUGCUUUGUAGCGAUUUAGUUUGACAUACGUAAAAAUAAAUCCAAAUGAAACAACUUUUUACCGUUACUUCACAUUUUGGGGGAAUGUUUGUUUUAUUUGGGGGGAGGUUAAAUUUGAGAUGCAAUACAUCACAUUAGGUGAAAUUCUGGUAGGGCUAGACAGUACUCAGCACGUUCGGUACCUGUUCACUCAGUAUAGCUUUAAAGUUCAACAUCUCUCAAAAGGGAUACCUGUACAAACAGCUAAUAAUCAAUUUGGUUCUGUGAUAAUAUUUCUCAGAAUGACAAUGAACGUUGGUAUUGAUUUCUGCACUCUGGGACCAAACAACUACUAAGAGCUGCCGUUAUAACGCUGGCAAGCUGUUAGCAAACAUCGCCUCAAUACAUGCAAAAAAUGUUGGAAUCACGGUUGCAGGAGAGUAUCGAGGUCGAGUGGGUGGUUCGAUGUUGAAUCAAAUGGGCCUAAGCUACUGUUAGAAUUGGAGGUUGACAGUCCUACCUCACGUAUCACGGGGCACUUGACAUUGCACCGAGAAAACGAAUUCAGAUCUUUUUCAUGCGUUGCACGUUUAGUCCAAUACACAAACCUGUCUGAUCUCUGCUCUGUACUUCAUAUCUCGAGAUAAAUUUUGUUUUCCUUUUGCAUGGUUUUUGUCACCCCCCCCCGUAGUCCUACCGCUACACUUGCCAGUGAUCAUUGUGAAUACGAUAGGGGACGCUGUAAUGUGUCACCAUGACGACACGGUUCAUAGAAACAAACAUGUCCGCUUGAUUGAGACAUGCAAUCACAAACACGUGACACAACCGUACUUUUCAACUCGUACAAAAUCUGUCAUUCGUCACUGUCCAUUCUGUAAACCGUCAAAAACAAGGAACCGAAUUUCGAUUCAUGUUUAGUCUCUGAAUACAAGCAAUUUGAUAGAGAAAUGAAGGGGCAUUACUGACUGGAGAUUUAGUUGGGGUUGGAUUAAGAAGUUCAUUCCCAAGGUCUCAUUUUCAGAUGCCCCGAGGGGAGGACAGGUCACGGUGUGUUUUUUGUGUCUUCAUUGUUACGCAUAAAGACAGAAAACUGGCCUACCGUGAUAAACAAGAGCGUGUGAAUCGACGAAGGGUUCGAUACCCAGCCCCCAGCUGUUAACGGUCUGAGUUAGCUCAAGUGACGAAUUUGUAUUUAUAUAAAAGUGUGCAUGUCAUACACUAAAUCUAAUGCACACUAUUGCGAUGGCAAACUCAUCACACCACAUCAGAAGAGAUUCUCACGUUCUGUGUUAAACUUGGAAGCAUUUCAUAAUUUCUUUUUUGAGUAGCCAGGACAUUUUGGAAUGACGUCAUGAUGACGCCAAGAGCAGUAUACAUCUACACUGCCGAGGGACAGGAUUUGUACGUUGCAACUAUCAUUUUGUUGUUUCAUUUCCUUUGGUCAUUUUUACUAUGAUGUAUAAUAUACCCACAAUUACAUGGCUCCUCAAGUCACCAGGGGAGCAAGUCACCAUA